AAAUAACUACUAAUUUCGUCACCAACGUAUAAAAAGGUUUUUUCCACUCGUAUUUGUUUGUUUCGUAGAAAGUUCAUUAUACCCAAUUAAUUAAUUUAUACUCUUUCUUUCUUCGUUCGCAAGAUCCAAUUCUUCUUCGUCUUCUCAAAAAUAUUCUUCUUCUCAUAUUGUUCUUAUUCUUUCAUUCUUUCUUUUCAUAAAACAGAAUCAUCACUAAUCAAUAAUUAAGAUUCCUAAAUCCUUCUUAAUCUUCUUAAUCUUCCAUCCCAGUUUACACAGAGCAUGUUGCAUAGAAGUUUCAAACCUGCCAAGUGCAAAACGGCAUUGAAGCUUGCCGUUUCCAGGAUAAAGCUUUUGAGGAAUAAGAGAGAAGCGCAGGUGAAGGUACUGAAAAGGGAAUUGGCUAAAUUGCUUGAGAAUGGUCAGGAUCAAACUGCGAGAAUUCGGGUUGAACAUGUUGUGAGGGAGGAGAAGACGAUGGCAGCAUAUGAACUUGUUGAGAUAUACUGUGAACUUAUCGCAGCUCGCAUGCCCAUGAUUGAAUCACAAAAAAAUUGCCCCAUUGAUUUGAAGGAAGCAGUUGCUAGUGUAAUAUUUGCAACUCCUAGAUGUUCCGACAUACCUGAGCUUGCGGAUGUGAAGAAGCAUAUGACGUCAAAGUAUGGAAAAGAAUUUGCAUCAGCAGCAAUUGAAGUACGCCCUAACUGUGGUGUGAAUCGCUUGUUGGUUGAGAAAUUGUCUGUUAAAGCACCUGAUGGGCCAACUAAGAUAAAAAUACUGACUGCAAUAGCUGAGGAGCAUAAUAUCAAAUGGGAACCCAAGUCAUUUGGAGAAGAUGAUACAAAGGCUUCUCAAGACUUGCUGGAUGGGCCAAGUACUCUUCAGAAAGCUGCUUAUGAGGAACCUUUUCAAGUCAAUGUUCCACCACCUGUUCAUGAUGAAAAGGGUCCUCCUAAUUCACAUUCUAGCUCACAACCUAAACCAACGCAUGAUGCAUAUACAAGUUCAUAUGAGCAGAGUGCAAAUGCAGAUGCUAGAAAGGAUAGUGGCAUUAACUCAACAACAUCAGGCAUGCCUAAUACUGAAACCAGAUCUUCAGGAUUCUUUUUCGCAGGAGUUGGAGGCCAGGGAGUGGAUUUUAGAGAACCAUAUUCUGAAAACAGGAGUUCAUUUCCUCCCAGCAGGCAGAAUUGGAACAUGGAAUUCAAGGAUGCUGCCUCUGCUGCGCAGGCUGCUGCAGAAUCUGCUGAUCGUGCAACAAUGGCUGCAAGAGCAGCUGCAGAAUUUUCAAAUCGUGAAAACAUAACAAGGCAGCAUUCAAGUGGAUCACAUAGCUCUCCUCGUAGGGGGUCAAGAGAUGAAGCAUCAAAAGACUAUGCUUUUCAUGAUGGGAAACAUCUUUCUCCUGGUUCUGUUAAUAGCACCAUCCGUAAAAGCAGUUCUGGGAUGCACAACGAACAAAGCACCUCUGGAGAACAACAUAAUCUGGGUGGAAUGCCCAAUGAAAAUUACAGGAAUAGUCGACCGAAUGUGGUGAAAGAUCCCCGCGCAGCUUCAAUAGUAGGUCGUGCUGUUGGUGAUGAUGAUAACCCAUUUACCCAUGAUUCUCCGAUGGCUGAUACAUACCACCACAAUAACUUGUUUAAGCAAGAGAGCAGCGACUUAUAUGCGAUGAGUAUGAAAAAGCAAGCAAGCAGAGAUGAAGAUUUUGGGACUGAACAUCAUGCUGAUGGUGAGAUGAAUACUGAAAACAAUUAUCACUUUGAACAUGCAAGGACAAAUAGACAAUCUGGACACUCUUCCUCUUCUCAUCUCUUUAUUCCAAGUGACGACGAUCACAAUGAUAAUUUGAACUCAAAUGACUGGACGAUUGGGAACAAGGCUGCGGAAGACCUUUUUGUUAAUGAAGUAAACACACAGACAAACACUAUAGAACCAAGUUCUUAUAAUGAUACUUCUGUUGUAUUUGAUGAUUCCGAAUCAGAUGAUGGUGAUUAUAAAUUUGAUGAUGAUAAGAAAUACAAUGGUGGUGGAUCUGGGUUGUUCCUCUCAUCUCCUAGUAGCAAAUUCCAAGUUGAUCCAUUGGAAAAUACGAAUUCUUGGAGCCACGGACAAAACACUGGUGUGCAAGAGACGAGUUCUGGUACACAAUCACAUUUUUCUGUGAUUUCUGAAAAAUUUACGACGUCUCAAGUUUCUUUUGAAAAAGAAGACCCAUUGCCUGCCACUUUUGAUGAUUCAGAUGACCCAGGUUCAGAUAGUGAGACAGAUCUUGUUAAGUCUAGAGUUUCUAGGACCUAUGAUGAUGAAAAUUCUGUCCUUGAUCAGAUUGCAAACCACGGGGCUCUAGGGUCCUCAUCAGGAAAGGGUAAGAAUCUUGGUACUGACAGAAAUUCUUGGUCGUCACCAUCUUCAGUCGGUUCAGAUUAUGUGGAAGAGCAGUCUGGGAAAAAGGUAGAUGUCACUAAUAUGUCAGAAACAAAUUAUGGUUAUGAUGACGUGCCAACUAGUGAGCCGUCUUCAACAGGAAGAAACUCUACAUUGGGUUUGGGUUCCAAGACAGAUAUCCAUACAUUGAAGUCACCUGAUAAUUAUGAUGAUACUGAAACUUUGGAGAAAUCUCAUAUAGAAAGUGGUAUGGAAUUAAGCUAUGGAGCAUUGAAGGGGGGUUUUCGCAAUAAAGGUUAUACGCGGCCACCUUAUAUUAAGAAAUCAGAUGAUAUUUCAACUUCAUUGGGAAACACUUCAAUCCAGAAUCAAAGAUUGCCUACAGUGAGGACUUCAACCAGUUUUGAUGCUCCUGUUCAGGACAAAUAUACACCCGAAGUGAGCAGAGGAAAUAGAAAUGUGGUCUUGAAAGCACACAACAAAUCUUCUGAUUCUAAUAGUUAUGACCUGGUUGCAGACUCACAAGAGACCUCUACUACUCAUGAACCUCGCGUUCAGAAUGAGCAGAGUGAACCAAAAAAGAAAUCAAGCUCACGGGCAUCGAUUCCCUUCUUUGAUUCCGAUGAUAGUGAAUCUGAGGCUGAACGUCAUAGACAGAAUUCAGCUAGUGUUGCACGUCCUAUUAGUAGAGUAUCUCGUAGAACAUCAGCUUCUCCAAAAACUAGUACAGGUUCAAAUUCUAACCAUGCUGCUUUAUCUGAGGUUCCCAUGACUCCUGCUGGUUCAAGGCUUGGAUGGAAAUCUUCAAGGGCUUCUUCUGAAAAUCAGGGGGGAUCUAAUCCUGGAUCAGCAGAAAAUGUAGCUUCAAAACCAAUUUCAGAACCAAAUAGACCCUUAGAUGAGCAAAUUGUGAAUUCAUCUUCAAAUUCUCUUCCUAAUACAGUGAUACAAGAUAGUGACACCCCAUCUAAGCAGAAAGCAGAUCAUGUUCAUCCAAAGUUACCUGAUUAUGAUUCCUUUGCUGCCCAUUUCUUGUCUCUUAAGAAAGGUCGUCCAUGAAUAUCACUCGCUUUCACCAACCAAUAUAGCUCCUCUUACGUAGUUUUGUUAUAGAUACGUGAUUUUAGAUUCAAAAUACUUGAGGAAUAAAGAUGUUGCAUGUAUUUUUUGUGUGUAAAUUGACUCAGAGUAUAAGAUUUAACCAUCUCAUUUUUGUACAUCUCUAUUUCAGUUUCAGGACUACUAUAAAUGGUUGAAUAUUCUAUUGCUUUUUAUUGUAUUAUUA